GUGGUGGACUUGCGGAUGACGUGGAAUUUACCGUCUUACCCAGGACGAGCUGCUGACGUCACCGAGCACGAGGCCCCGCCCCUCGUGCCCAUGGAAGUAAUUUCGCCCCAGUCGUUGGGAGGCGAAAGGGGGGGGCGCCUUCGGUUCGGUGGUCCGGUUGGUGGGUCCCCCUCGGGGGUGGGCAUCAUCGUUACAAAAGCACGGGAACCUCGGAAUUUCGGUCUGAAACUUUUCGAGAUUCUUGAGGUCUCUCUGCCUUUUGUCUCUCUCCCCUUCGCGUGCUGCUCCGACGACAAGAAGAAGAAGAAGAAGAAGAAGAAAGAAGAAGAAGAGAUGAUGGUGGAGCUGUUCGUGCUGGGUUGCACGGGGUUCGUGGUGUUCCUCCACGGGGCCAACUUCUUCUUCCACGUCCUCUCCCACCACUUGGCCAUUCGAUCCCUCAGCUUCCUGGGUUUUGUUGGCUGGUAGGAACCGAUUAGAAGGAAGAUGGAGAGGUCAGGCAAUGAGGCGGAGUCCUUUUGACAGCAUGCAGAAGAUGGAACUUGGCCUCUGCUCUGACCAUUUUGUAGAUAACCUCAUUUUGAUUGAUCUCGAAGGGAUUAUGUAGCUCGUAAAUAACUCUCCAAUGAGGGAUUAAAGCCAUUUUGCAUGACACGGAUGUGGCGAGACGAUCGCCCGAAAUUCUAAUCCUUCAGUUGUUCAUUUUGGUGUGA